CGGAAGGAGGCUCCCGUUGCCAUGGCGACCUCCGCCGCGCCGCGCCUGCUGCCGCCGGGCCUCUCCGCAGGCCGCGCUCUCCCCUUCCCGGCCCUGCGGCUCUCCGCGCGGCGAUGGCUCAGCCGAGGCGGAGCCCCGAGGCCCCCCGGCGCGGGGGAGGCGGCGAGCGCGGCGGGGCUGUUGCGGGACGCGGCGGCGGCGGCGGCGGCGGAGGACGAGGCUCCGCGGUCGGGGCCUGGCGGGAAGGCGCGCCGGGCCCCCGAGGAGGCUUCGGUGCUGCUCUUCCCCGGCCAGGGCAGCCAGUUCGUGGGCAUGGGCCGCGGGCUCCUGCGCUACCCGAACGUGCGGGAGCUGUACCGCGUGGCCGAGGGCGUCCUGGGCUACGACCUGCUCGGCCUCUGCUGCCAAGGGCCCGGCGCCCAGCUGGAGCGCACCGUGCACAGCCAGCCCGCCGUCUUCGUCAGCUCCCUGGCCGCCGUGGAGAAGCUGCACCAGGAGCAGCCCAGGGUGAGGGGCCGGCGGGGCCUUAGGAAGGGGGCACCCCGGGGGCAUCUAGUCCAGCCCCCGGCCAGGCAGGAGGCUCAGCUAGAGCAGGCGCCCGCCUCUGGGGUGGGAAGGCAGGGGGCAGAGCAGGAGCAUCUCCCACCCCCAGGGCUUCCAGCAACGGGCAUUCAGAAGCUCUGACUCUGGUGGCCGUGGGUUGCCCCAUCCUCACCUCCAUUUGUCUAAUUCAGGGGUGUCCAAACUUUUUUCAAAGAGGGCCAGAUUUGAUGAAGUGAACUUGCCUGAGGGCCGACCAAAGUUAUUGACCUUUUUUAAGGAUUGAUGUUGUGCUUUUUCUUAGAUUUCACCCCCCCAGGAAAUAAACUGCCAGAGGCCGGAUUAAACGAACUGGCGGGCCGGAUUAGGCCCCAGGGCCAGACUUUGGACAUGCCAAUUGGCUUUGUCUGCCCCAAAGUCUCCCAACGUUCAGCUCCCUGGGAUGCUUCGCUAGAGUUCUAUGUUAGGCGAGAGGGAGGGAGGCUUUCCUCUGCCCGCUUUCUCUGUGCCAAGGAGAAAGAAGCAGGCUGCGCCACAAUUGACAGUGCCCAGGGGGUGGGGUGCCGUUGCUGCGUUUCUCACACUAUGUGAACUGCGUAGGGUGUUUCUGGAUCACUUCCAAUUGUUACUUACUGGAGACUUUUUAAAUUUCUACAGGUAGUGGAGAGCUGUGUGGUAGCUGCUGGAUUCAGCAUUGGAGAAUAUGCAGCCCUUGUUUUUGCAGGAGCCAUAGACUAUGCAGAAGGUAUCAAGAAAGUACCCUUGCGCUUUCAUAUUAAAUGUUUAUCUAAAAUCUUUGCAAUGCAAGGAUAGCAUGUAGCUGGGGGGCAUGGCAUGGUGGGUGUAGCCCCAGGUGCACAAUUUGGGGGCGGGGCACAAACCAGGCACCCCCCUGGGAUCCCCAUCCUGCCCUGUCUGCUGCUGGGGGUCUCUGGGCCCUGGAGCCCAGCCUCACUGCUGCAUCUCCAGCCCCCUUGCUGAAUGGCUGCCUGGCCGGCGUUGGGGGAGUGGGAUUCACAUGCCAAGGCUCUUUGGCUGGGCUCCUCCUUUUGCAAGUGGGGAGGCAGAGCAGCAUGGCCGCGCCUGGUUCCAGUGGUGAUGGCUGGGCUGGUGCAAUGGAUUUUGUUCACCCUCUGCACCCCACCCCUGCCCAUGUGCACAUGCGCCCCAGGUGCUAGCAGACAACUCAGUGUUGCUGACUCUGGCGCAUUAGUCUUGGCACACAAUUCUGUGUGGUCCUCUGCUAGUGAAGGCAGUGGCAGAGCUUCAUGCUCUGGCACCGAGGGUACGAAGAGCAUAUGGGGGUGGGGCAUGCCGCCUGCAGGGGCGUGGUGCCCAGUGUGGGCGGGAAGGCAGUCGCGAUGGAACCCCACUGGGAUUGCGCUGCUGGGGGCGGUGCGCUCUCCUCACACUCCUCUUCCUCCACCACUGAGUGAAGGGUAUUUUAGUGUCCAGCUAUUUUAUUUCUUCCUCAACUUUAUGUGUUACAUCUUUGUGCUAUUUAAGUAAUAAGUAAGUAAAAUUAAAAUCCAGAACAAGUCUAUAUAAUGUGUACAAAAGUAUAACCAACUUUGCAGUAGAUAAAAAUGUGAGGAUUUCUUGUAUUAAUAUCUUCAUAGACAUAUUGGGAAUAAGUUGUAAGAUUCUGAAUUUAAAUAUCAUUGCUUGCAGGAAAGUUGCUUCAACUAGUCUGAAGUCUAGCUUCUAUUGACAUAAAUACAGUUUGGGGCAGACAGUAGCUUAGUUGAGCAUUAUGCCAAAUCAUGACUUGUAUGAACUUUAUUAACUGAAACCAUGGUUUGAGCUUCCAAACACCCAAAAGGCGUGCUAAGCCAUGGAUGACAAAUUCACUUCAAACUGUGGUUUCUGUUUGCUAGUUUGUUAAUUCAGAUGUGGAAAAGCAUAGACUACAUUGGACAUCACACUGAACUAUGUUUUAGCAUAGCGUGCAUGAGCCCAGCUUCUCUGGCUUGUGUGCCUCCCCUUUCUCAGCUCUGGUGACGUGGGAAGCAACAUUUACAGGUGAAACUCGAAAAAUUAGAAUAUCAUGGACAGUUCAUUUAUUUCAGUAAUUCAACUUAAAAGGUGAAACUAAUAUAUGAGAUAGACUCAUGCCAAGAGAAAGAUGAGAGACAUGAGACCGAGCAAUGUAGAAGAGCUGAAGGCUGCUAUUGAAGCAUCCUAGUCUUCCAUAACACCUCAGCAGUGCCACAGGCUGAUAGCAUCCAUGCCACGCCGCAUUGAGGCAGUAAUUGAUGCAAAAGGGGGCCAAACCAAGAACUGAGUACAUAUGCAUGCUUCUACUUCUCAGAGGUCCAAUAUUGCUCUAUUUGCAAUCCUUGUUUUGCUGAUUUUAUUUAAUAUUCUAAUUUUCUGAGAUUGUUAAUUUGGGGUUUUCAUCAGCUGUACAUCAUAAUCAUCACAAUUAUAACAAAUAAAGGUUUGACAUAUCUCGCUUUGCAUGUAAUGUGUCUAUCUCAUAUAUUAGUUUCACCUUUUAAGUUGAAUUACUGAAAUAAAUGAACCUUUCCAAGAUAUUCUAAUUUUUCGAGUUUCACCUGGAGGUCUAGGAGGCUAGACUUGUUUAUGCCAUGCUAAAGGAGAGUUUGGUGUGAUGUCUAAAUGACUAAAUUUCCUUAGGCAUGGCUUGGCAUGUUACGUGAAUGCAGCUUAUCUAUGUUAACCAGAGUGAAAGCAUGAAAAAAUAUACCAGUACAUUUGGGUCCCUGUUGCAAGAAUCCAGAUUGCCAGCCUUUCAUGCUUAAUUUCCCUGGAUACUUAGGUUCUGGUCAUCUUGAAUCUACAUUAGUGGUGUUUUAGGGAACCCCUGAACUCUGUGGAUGUGUAUCAGAUGUUCUUCAGUUGUGGACAAGGACCACACAGCUGCAUGGGUGUGUUCCGCAGUGUGCUUUCUGUUCAUGGCGGACAGCAGCCUAGCCAGUGUUCUUUAUAACUGACUGUGCACUCUGGAACAGGUCCCAGAAUCUUCUGCACCACAUGCAAGUACUGUGGUGGUCAGUUUGAUUUGGAAAGGGUUCCCCAGAAGUAAAAAAAGUUUGAAAGCUGCUACUCUACAUCACAGAAUACAAUAUUGUGUAACUGAACAUUUCAGAGUUUUUACCUCUCUAUCUGUGUAAUAGUUACAUGGAAACAUGCAUUUGAGUUUGUAAAGUCACAGCUAUUUUUCUUUGUAGCUUCCAUUUAUCUUAUGCUGAAGUUAAGUCCUCUUAGAGUUUCUUUCUUUUCUUUAGCCUUAUAUGCGGUGAAGGUGCGUGCUGAAGCCAUGCAGGAGGCAUCAGAAGCUGUCCCAAGUGGAAUGUUAUCUGUUAUUGGCCGGCAUAAUUCAAAUUAUGUCACUGCUUGCUUGGAAGCUCGUGAAUAUUGCAAGUCAUUGGGAAUUGAAAAUCCUGUAUGUGAAGUUUCAAAUUACUUGUUUCCAGGCAGCAGAGUCAUUGCAGGACAUUUGCAGGUAUUAUUUCAAAAUAAUGGUUCUGAAUAUCUUGAAAUUUGUGGGGUUUUCAGUAGCAUUGCUGACAGCCAAGAGAACAGUAGUACUUAGACAUAUUCUGUAUUUUGAAGGCAGAAGUUUGCUUGCUUGUUAUAUGAAUUGUAUUUUUAUCCUGCUUUUUUUAACAUGCAAAGUCCCUAUACUAAUAGCCAUCAAUUGAUAUAUUUAAUUUUUUAAAAUAAUAAUAAACACAUUUAAAACCAUUUCACUAUAAUAAGAAUAAUAGUAGUAAGACUAGCAGAAGAACAGCAUUAAAAAUAAGUUACUGUUUGAAAUCAAAGGAGCAAUGAAAAGAUUUUCACUGAUUUCUAAAGGGGGGGAGUACAAUAGAUUUAGCCAAACAGGUCUUACAGACUAGCACAUUUGCAGUGGGAAAAGGGCAGCCCUCCUCAGACAGAGGUGAUAUCAGGGCCAGAUGACCUCAUAGUGAAAGGGGCUCCCUGGUUUCCCCGACUGUAAGUUUUUCUAGCUUUAAAGUUAAGCAUCAGUACCUCGGAUUGAACAUAGGCGAUGACUGGUGGAGCUCCUUAAUAUUCCCAAUGCAUGCUGUUCUGCUAACCCCGGCCAACAGCUGUGCAGCUACAUUCUGAAGUUUCUGAACAAUAUUCAAAGGCAGCCACUUGUAAUUGGGAUUAGAAUUGAAGCCUGUCACCUGGCAACAGGAUCUAACUGACAUGCAGUGAUGAUGUAAAGCGCAUGUAGCAACAUAGUGCUCUCCAAAUGUUUUGAACAAAGCUCUCCUCAGCCCCAGGCAGCAUGGCCAGUAGUCAGGGAUGAUCAGAGAUGUAUUCCAACAACAUAUGGAGAGCACCACAUUGGCUACCCUUGGUAUAAAACAAAAAUGGAAACACAACAAAUGCAAUUCAGGUAUAAAAGCCACCUGCCAACAUUUGGGUAGCAAAGUCUAAGCCAGUACUUUACUUUUCCCUAUAAAGUUUUAAGUCUCUGUUGUAUGCUUUUUAUGUUCUUUAUUUUCUUCCUCUUGGAGGCAUGCGUCCUCUUUUUUUCCGCAAAAAUUUUAUUAGUUUUUACAAUAUCAACGACAAACAAAAACAUAAAACAAAUAAAACACAACAAACAUAAAUCAUAACCUUAUUGAAAAUAACAGUUAUUUACUUUGUAAAACGACUUCCUCGUUUCCGCUUAGUUGAAUUUCAUUGCAUAUCCUUAUAACGGUUUUCCAAAUCCCAAUUUUAAUACCCUUUAAAUUAAACGUUAACAUAUUUAAAUCUUCUCCUUCUUGUAUUAGACAUAUUAUUUUAUCAGUUAACAUAAAUACAAUCCUAAGCCCAUUAAGUAUCUGGACGCUAUUUCCAGUUAUUUUAGCUUAACAAAUUUAGCUAAAUAAUCAUUAAAUUUCUUCCAUUCUUCGUGGUGUCCUCUUGACUUGUAGGCCACAAUGAAUUUAUAGGGUUUUCCUAAGAGCCAAAUGACAUUAACAGCAGUUCUAGAUUGAAGGCAGUAACUCUGUUUUUGUGGUUCAGUGUUCUGUUUCGUUUUUAUUUCAGGCUUUGGAGUUUUUGCAGCAAAAUUCAAAAAAAUACUCAUUUGUGAGAGUGAAAAUGCUGCCAGUCAGUGGUGCUUUUCAUACGCAACUUAUGGAACCAGCAAUGGGACCUUUGUCUGAAGCCCUCAACUCAAUUAAUAUUCAGAAGCCUCUCAUCCCUGUCUAUUCAAAUGUGGAAAACCGGAGAUACACUGAACCGAAACAGAUCCAGCGCUUGUUAGUGAAGCAGUUGGUUUCACCAGUGAAAUGGGAGCAGACGAUGCAUGCCAUCUACGAAAGGAAAAAAGGAGUAGGAUUUCCUUAUACUUAUGCAGUGGGGCCUGGGAAACAGCUAGGAACAAUCUUAAAAGGCUGCAAUUUGAAGGCCUGGAAGUUCUAUAACCAUAUUGAUGUUUCAGAAGAUGAAAAAGCAUAGAGAUGUCUGUAGGAAAAGUUUUCAUUUUAAAUGGAUUUAUUAUUAGGUAAAAAUGAAAUCAUGCAAGCCCUGGAGGAAGACACAACAUAGUCUUUUGGAGAGGGAGCUGUAUACCGUUGUGCCAUUGCUAUCUCCCUACACAACUAGCACAGAAGAAUUGCUUGUUACCUCAGAGGCCACUCUGGGUCUCACUUCUUCAGACAAACAGAUUUGACCAUGACUCAUCAAUUACUUUGCUACAAACUUUUUAAAGAAUUGUUUUAUAUAAGCCUGAUCAAUAGUACCUGCAUUGGCCAAAGAAUCGUGGUGACUUAUGCUCCGUGUCUUGCUUUAACUUUUAAGAAUCAGUGAAAUAAUAAUAAAGUUAAAAUGUUUUUCUUUGUUUUACAUAUCAUUUAUUGUGGGUGAGAGAUUGGUGUAUAAUCAGUAACUGUAACUUGCCCCACUGAGAUAAUAUAUUGGAUGCAGUGAUUGUAUGACCCAUUGUAUGCUAUCUAUGCAUAAUGUACCAUGAGUUUUUUAGAAUACUCACUCACACUAUUAAGGUCCCCAUUUUGCAAAGUACCUCAUCAGUUUUCCUUCUGGACAUAAAUCGGGCACCACAGGUUUUUGAAGAGUUGGGUCUUACUGACUGGAUGCAGAAAAGGCUCUGCUAAAGACCAUGUGCUGUAGACAACUGAGUGGUACUCCGAAUAGACCCAUUGAAAUUAAUGGGCUGAAGUUAGCCGUGCCUUUUAAUAUCAGUGGAUCUUGUCGGAACAUGAGCUCCUUCUAUGUAGCUGGUAACAGCAUUGGUGUUUAAGCGUCAGGAGUUUUUCUUGAGACGCUUCCAUCUGUUCAGAAGAUGUCCAGAAAGAAAAGCUGGGAAACGUUACAUGGCAUCCCAGGCCACUCUCAACUUACACGGGGAUUGUGUUCCAUGGAGAACACCUAUAGCCAAAAACACCUAUAGUCAAAGCACAUUAGGUUCAACAGCAGGUGGAUUGCCAAAGUUUUUCCCCUCAGAUGCCCGUCACCUUUUUAAAUUCCCCCCCAAGCGCAUAAAGCUGAUUGUGCAAAGUUAAGUGUGUAAAUUGCAAGUUACCUGUAUUCUUGCUAACAGCCUUCCAAUAUGUUUGCUUUUCAGUCAAAAACACAAGGGAAGUGCAGCACUGUGUUGUGUUAAGUGGCUUCCAGUGCAAUCUUUUGCCAGUCUGAGAAAAGACAGGACUUAAGGGAAAACACAGGAUAUUGGUCCCAUGGUUAUAUCACGAGGAUGCUGCAUAAAAAGCGAGUGAAGAAAACGUUACCAUCCCACACUGAACACUUGCUGUGGAAGCACUCCUAACAGUGGAUGGAUUUUAGAUAUUCUUUCUAGAAUCAUCUCAGGUAGUCUUCUGCCAGAGGAUGGCAGCAGUGUAUAAAUCAUUUCUUACAGCUGAGAUAGGUUAAAAAAUUGCUUUUUUUUGGUAGCAAAUACAAAAUGUAAGCAUGCUUUUUGUUUGUACGACACCUGCGGGUUGAAAUAAAUCUCAGUGUCCAAAAGCAUUGAACUGCAAUAAAAAAACAGUUCCUGGAUCUUCCUCAAGUUACAAGUCAGUGAGUUACAAACUGAAAGAUAUACAUCUUUUUUUAUAUUUUUUGAAACGUCGGGAUUUCAGUUCUAAUAAAACCAGUGCAUUAUGUCAAUGUAGUUUCUUGAUUCUUGGCUAGUCAACAACUACAAACCACUUCUAGAUGUGAAAAUCCACUCUUAGAGCUGAGCUCUGCCAUGAUUUGCAGACGUGGUAUAUUUUGG